GAGUGUUUCACCCGAACGGAGGUUCAUUUUGUCAAAAUGGCAGCGAGAAAGCGCAAGUCCGAUGUGUGGGACCAUUUCCAAAUAGACCCAGACAAUGAUAACUUGGCAGUCUGUAAUCACUGUGGGGAAAAGCGAUCUCGCGGUCGAGAUCCGAAGAAUCGCAGUACGACAAAUCUUAAAAGGCAUCUUGAAAAAUGCCCUGGAGAUCGGCCAGGGAAUCGAGGAGUGGCAAGAGGAGCUGGAAGACAAUUAACGCUUCUUGAAACAGCAGAACGGAGGGCCUCAUAUCCUCCUCAAAGUGAGCGUGCGAAGGCUAUAACUCGGGCCGUGGGCAUGAUGAUGGCAAUGGACAUGCGGCCAUACAGCAUGGUCGAAAAUGACGGGUUUCAACAUUUACUGAAUACGAUGGAUUCCAGGUACAAAGUUCCAUCUAGAACAUUUUUUUCGGACACUGUUAUCCCUGAACUUUAUCGAGAAGUCGUCAGUGGCCUCAAAGAGGAAUUGGCAUCGGCCAUGUGUGGGGUCAGCUUAACAACUGACAUGUGGAGAUCGCAUCAAAACAGGGAAUACAUGUGCGUGACAUUUCACUGGACUAACCAAGUUAACAACCAGUUCAUCAGACGUCAAGCUCUUGUGAGUUUGAAGGAAUUUCCUGAGGCCACGACUGCUGUCAACAUCCGGGAACAUCUGAACGAAGUAAUGGCGGAGUGGCUCCCCCCACGUAAGAAGCUUCUUUUCUCCGUCAGUGACAACGGGGCAAACAUUAAGAGGUGUUUAAUUGAUGCAGCGGAUGGAGACUUUAGUUUGGGUUGGGUACCCUGUGCUGCACAUUGUUUGAACUUAACUACAAGGAAUAGUCUUGAUCAGCUAGCGGUAAAGGACAGUCUCAAAGCAGUCCGUACUCUCGUAAGCAAGGUGAAAAACUCUCAUCCUGUCAAGAGGAGAUUCGAGGAGCUGCUCAAUCUCCAUUAUCCUGACCAACCACAUACAUCACUGGUAAAGGAUGUUGAUACAAGGUGGAAUUCGACUCUCGAUAUGGUCAAGUCUGUCUUAAAAUAUCGAGAUGCCGCCGAAUCUCUAGCAAAUGAUAGGAUCAUGAUAGGAUUUCAAGACUUUCAAAGGCCUAGAGUAUUCGCCCAUUGGUCCCAAGUUUUCGACCUGCUUAAUGGAGUCAUCGAUGCCUUGCAGCCAUCAAAGGAGGCCACGCUGAUGGUUUCAUCAGAUGACAGUUCACUCGCUGAUUACAUUCCUCUCAUCAAGGGCUUCAGCAAACAACUCAGUCAACUCAGUGCUUCUCCCAAUCAUGCUGUAAAUGUAGGCACACUCCUCGAUGACCUUCGUGAGAAAUGGAGAACAAGAAUGGAUUGGGUAGCAUCACCAACACCAGGAGAGGACGAAGAUGAGAGGGAAUUGAAUGAACAAGUGAUUCUUCGCACGUUUCAUGUAUCAACUGUCUUUGACCCUAGAUACAAGAUGAAGUACGCCCCAAAGAGCAACGAGAUAAGAUCGAAGAUCAGAGAUGCUGUCGUCGAUGUCGUUGUGAUGCUGACGAGGACAGAAGUUGAGGUUGAAGGCGUGAUGAUGGAAUCAUCCGAUGACGAGGGUGCUGUUCCAGCCGCCAUCGUACAACGGAGUCGGGCGCAAGCAGCUGAGAAUGCACCAGGCCCUUCGUUGUCAUCAUCCAUGAGAGAUGCCAUGGUUUCGUCCAGCUCAGCCUCAUCUUCCGAGUCGGAUGAAAAUGAUCCCGGUCAUCGCCGUCGUCCAGCUCGUCAACUAAGUCGCCAGAGCGUACAGACAGAGUUGGACACGUAUCUCCAACAGCCAGUAUUGAAAGGAAAUGAUGACCCAUUGAGGUACUGGUCGGAAAGAGUUGACAUGUUUCAUCUAUUAACUCCUGUAGCAGUUGCUUACCUCGCCUGUCCGCCAUCGAGUGUCACGAGCGAAAGAAUGUUCAGCGUUGCCGGGGACAUUGUUACAAAGAAGAGAUGCUCACUAAAACCCGGAAAUCUUGAGCGGCUUGCCAUUAUCAAAGUCAAUCGACGCUUUCUCAGGAAAUAACUCUCAUGUACAUGGCGAACUGGUUGGUAUCUUCAAAAUUACAUGUACGUUAUGAACCUGUUUUUACUAUGAACUUUAACCAUAUUGGACAUUUUUGAAAUACAUGCCAAUCAUAUUUUACAUGUAUAACUUGUUCAAAGAUAAUUUUUCACCUUGUUUGAUAUUUUAUAUUAAUAUUUUCAUGCAUUUGGAAGUGUCCUUUUCUACGUCAAUGAUAUUUGAUUUCCGGACUUAACAAUCCACUUUCUCAUCGUAGUCGACUUUGCAAUUUAAAUAAUCACUACAAGCUGUCGUUAAUCCAAGCCUUAUUUCAAUAGCAUGAUUUUCCGUUUCGAGUUUGUUCAAAUUUUAAAAUUGCUAGUCAACUCUUUUUAUUCGAUGACAUAUUUUUUUUUUUACUUUUUUCGAAAGAUAAUCAUAUGUUCGUACCCCGCUCUUUUUUAUGUUUGUAAUUAUUUUCGAUAGUUUCACUAAUUAGCAUUCUAGAUUCAACAUUCCCACCCCCUUGAAAAAAAAUAUUUUUGGAUUUGGGAAGUUUG